AACGUAAUUAUAACUAGAGCGACAUGACUUUGACGAUGGAUAAGAAGAAGGCGGAGGAGGGAGGCGAGAAUCGACCAAGGAUCGAGACCUUCGACGACAUACUGCCGUAUAUUGGUGAAGCCGGCAGGUAUCAGUGGUUCCUCUUCGUCAUCCUACUGCCCUUUACCUUCGUCUACGCCUUCCUGUACUUCGCCCAGUUCUUCAUUACCCUAAUACCGGAGGAAUAUUGGUGCACGGUGCCCGAGUUCGCCAAUACCAAUCUCACGGACUUCGAGAAGAUAGCACUGUCGGUGCCACCAAUACCAAAAGAAGAGAAAAGCAGCGAGAGCCACACGGCCUACUCGAGAUGCACCAUGUACAUAACAAAUUAUACGCAAGUCCUGCAAUCGGGUCGCAAGACGGCUGAUGCCGACUGGGCGAUUGGACAUUGUCAGCAUGGCUGGACCUUCAAUCAGACCAACAUUCCUUAUCUCUCAAUUGCCGCUGAGCUCGAGUGGGUGUGCGACCGGGCAUACCUAGGGACGGCGGCCCAAUCGGCCUUCUUCGUCGGCAGCAUCGUCGGUGGCCUCAUAUUCGGCUACAUAGCCGAUCAUUACGGUCGACUUCCCGCCCUCAUUGCUUGCAAUAGCGUCGGCUUCUUCGCCUCCAUCGCAACCGCCUUCUGCAACAGCUUCUGGACAUUCGCCCUCGCUCGAUUUAUCGUCGGCACAUCGUUCGAUAACUGCUUCAAUAUCAUCUUCAUCAUCGUAAUCGAAUACGUGGGGCCAAAGUACAGAACCCUAAUGGCGAAUAUGUCCUUCGGAAUAUAUUUUGCGUUCGCCGCCAGCAUAUUGCCUUGGAUCGCCUAUUGGACAGCGAAUUGGAAAAUUUUGAGCGUCAUCAGUGCGCUUCCCCUCGUAGUCGCUUUCAUCACCCCGUGGAUUGUUCCCGAGAGUGCCAGAUGGUAUAUAACAAACGGCCGCGUGGACAAAGCCGUGGAGAUGCUGAAGAGGUUCGAGAAAGUUAACAAGAAGACCGUCGAGCCCGAAGUUUACGAGGAAUUCGAGAAGAGCUGCAACACAAUGAUCAGCAAGGACAAGUCCCACAACAACUACACGGUUCUCGACUUGUUCAAAUUGCCGAGGCUCGGGCGUAUCACAGUCGUCCUCAUCAUUUACUGGCUACUCAUUAUCCUAGUAUUCGACGGGCACGUGUGGAAUAUGAAGCUAUUACAUCCGGACGUGUUUACGUCGUUCUCGUUGGCCUCGAUAACCGAACUGCCCGCGGCCAUAAUCCUAGCUCUCUUCCUGGACAGAUGGGGUCGACGUUGGAUGGGCUUCUUCUCCAUGAUCAUCUGCGGCAUCUUCUCUCUCGCCGCGCUCGCCUUGCCCAAAGGUGCACCGGCAAUGUCCAUGGCGAUCCUCGCUCGCCUUGGCGUCAACAUCGCCGCCAACAUUGGCUUCCAGUAUGCCGCGGAAAUGCUGCCGACGGUCGUGCGCGCCCAGGGCGUGUCACUCAUCCACAUUAUCGGCUACUUCGCCCACAUUAUCGGGCCUUACGUUGUGUACUUGGCAAAGGCUCAUGAGUCGCUGCCUCUCAUAGUCCUUGGCAGUCUAUCCAUUAUCGACGCCUCGCUCACGCUUACUUUACCGGAAACAUUGGACCAGGAACUUCCCGAGACGCUCGACGAGGGCAACGAGUUUGGCCGGGAGCAGAGCUUCUGGUGGAUUCCCUGUGUAAAAACAUCACCAGAGAAGAAGAAGAAAUACAGAAGGAAGCUCGGCGCCACGAAUGCCGGCUUCAAUCCCGGUAGCUUACAGAGGAUCGAGUCGACGAGAUUAUAACAAAAAAUAUGUCCUGUCUGUAACAUAUGCAUUCGACGCGUAUAUGCAGCUCUGCGAAUAUUCUCAGCUAAUGCAAACAUGCAUCGGCGGAUCCUCGAAAUCUCCUUCUUUCAAAAGUGGGAUAUAAAAUAUGAAGGAACAUUGAAGCGAGUGCAGUGGCACUCGGCUAUAUUUUUCUCGUAUGAGUUGUGAGUUACAAAUUCACGUAUGAUUCGUGUUCUCGCAUUUAUAUACGAGGAAAUUUUACGUAAGAACGGUAUGAAAAAGACAAGAGUGUCGAAUUUUUAAAGUUAUAACCAAAGGAUAGGAGGAAACGGUAUUAAAUAAUCGAUAAUGAAAUUAACAACACUAGUGAAAGAGACCAACAGGAUAUGAAAAAUAA